ACGAAGUCAACUCACAGUUUCUCAAGAAUUUGCGCCGAUAACUUUAAUCAGCCGAGCGAUCGGUAGUUUUCCGCUUCAAAUCAAAAACGUUUCGGGUGUUCAGGUACUCCUCCUCCAAACUAACAUACAUUUGCAAUUUGAAUCACAUAUCGUUGAGGUAGCAUUCCGAUUGAUACAACAUGCGUCCCAGAUCACUACGAGGCUUCAACUUACAGGUGUUCGUACCGUCGGGUUGUUCGAUGAUCUACUCGAUCGUUUUACUCGGAUUAACUUUCGUUAACAUGAUAUACGUACCUCAGAUGACAUUGACUGUGGGUCAGUUUAUGAACCACGGUAAGAACAGCACUCAGAGCAACACGUUCCUGAACAAAGAACUGCGAUUGGUGGAUCCGCCUCUAUUUAUCAGGUUAAUGAAUACCAUGGUGAUGAAUCUGAUGGGAAUAUCGAGCCGGAUAAAUGCUCUCUUUUACUUAAGACGUCACUUGCCGACGGCGUUUGCUGCGUUGAAUGCGAUCGACGGUUUUCUGGAUCCGGAGCUGAAGCAGCGUCGAAGGAACGUUCGCACAAUUUGGGCAAUUUUCGCAGCUAGUAUUCUCGUUGGAAUACCGAGCCAGAUUUACUCGGCGAUAUUUGUUUACGUGGGAGAUUCUUGUGUCAUUGGAAUCUACGUAUUUAUGAACAAUCUGAACAACUUCACUGCUGUUCUGGCGGAAGCUCAAUUUUUGGCAUUGUGCCACCUGCUUAAAUCAAGAUUCGAGAGUAUAAAUCGCAGAUUUUUCGAACUUUCUACGCACUUGAAUCUUCCACCAAACGAUAAUUCCCACGGAAAUAUGGCCGGGAGGAUUAUCUUGACGCGGGCAAAGGUUCCCUCGAAGAUAAAAUGCGUGACCGAUUUAGAAAGGGAAUUUAUUGCGAACAAGGAACCUCGUUUCAAACCCGAAGAGAACUUGCCGCUUGACGUACCGACUUAUAACACCAUUGAAACCUUGCGAUUAGGGCAUCAACGCCUGUGCGACGUUCUCGACCAAGCUAAUCACAUGUUUCAGAUGCAGCUCUUCUUCUCACUCAGUGGUUGCUUUCUCAAUCUGCUGUUUAACAUGUACUCGUUCUUCUCUGGUGGCGCCUGGCUUCGACGGGAUAACUUGACUCCCACCGGCUCGAACGCUGCCGCAAAUGAAGCGUUGAAUAAUCCGCUUAUUAACUUGUCGUGGGGGCUUUAUUACUUGAUUAGAUUCACGUCUAUGACUGCCAUGGCAUCGAAGACUACCAAAGCCGCCAAACGCACGCUUGUUCACAUCUUGAACGUCAGGAGAUGCGGAAUAGAUUUUGCUACGAAAGAGGAGGUUAUAGCUACAACAUCUACUUAUCUUGUAAUCAUGGUACAGUUCCAGUAAUCUUAUAACGUCGCCUAACAUCAGCUUAUCUAACAUCAAUCAGCUCAGAAUGGAAACCACAAAAUGUUGGCAAAAACAUCAAUCAAUCAAUCAGGAGUUCAUCAAUCGUCGUUAUGAAUAUCUACACAGAGGCGAUUCUCAACUCACAGGGAAUAUAAAAUGCUGACGAUGUUCCAAAUGAAGAUGCAGAGCUGCUGUUAAUAGGCGAAAGUUGGCUCAUUUACCCCUAUCGACUAAUUUACCGUUCAAGUGCAAGAUCCAAUUCAGUAGUUUCUCCGACGCCUGCUUCAUGCAACUUACGUUACGUUCAAGUGAUACAAGAACUAUACGUUUAGGCGUUCAAGGAAAUCAAGUUUCGACUAUACAUGUCGAUCGUAAACUGAAUUCACCAAGUAUUACAUCUUUUAUUAAAUUUUACUCAAUAGUAAGUUGUAA